CUUAACCUUACUGCCCAUACACCUUUACCAAUCUUUUGGGUCGAAAUAUCUCGCUAUGCACUUGAUAAACAGACACUUGAUAUCCUUUUCGUAACCCAAUCCCGUGGAGCCCAGAUAUCCAUGGUUUCAAUCCCUCGUGGUCGGCCAAACCCGUCCCCGAUCUCCAGCAACACCAGCAGAGAAGACAGAGGAAAUUCUGCAUGUUCAGAUGUGAGCGAUGGUAACAACAAUAGCCCGAAGAAACGAAGGAGGAAUGAAGAUUCCGUACCCAAGGCUUUGCAAGCUUGCGACAGGUGUCGUACCAAGAAAAUCAAAUGCCACCCUGCAGAAAGCUCAGAGUUUUGCCACUCAUGUACUAUCGCCUCUUUAUCUUGCACAUACGACCUUCCCAUAACCGCCUCCCGUACAAAACGCAUACAACGAGGGUUAUCGACUCAUCCUCAAACAUCACAACAACUUCCUUCCUUUUCUUCUGGCCAAGCAGAUGUGCCACCACCAAAUACCGCCGAACAUGUUCUUUUCGAUCCAGAGACUAUGGCAAGUCAUGGGCCUGUUGAAACACAUCAGAGCAGAGACACCAAUGCCUCCGAAAGGCGCGAAAUUGAAAGUCAAUUCACAACAGGGGUUGCCUUACGACGAAGAGGGCGUACUGUUGGCUUGACUCAGGGUCGUGCCUCUUCUUCUGUUAGACGUGAGGGUGCCACCGCAUUGUCGUACAUCCUGCAUUCAACUCCUACACUGCCAGUUGCCAGUCUCUCUGAAUUCGAUCGUGCAAACGGCCUUUCAAUGUGCUUUUCAUCGUCUGAUACUUCUAUGGAUGGCGAUGGCUUCAUGCUCAUUACUACCGAAUGCACGACGUUUGAAACUAUCGACGACCAGGCUGUCGAGCCCCCACCUUAUGUUUUCGAAGCACUACACUCUCCAAGCUGGAAAGAAGUGAUCAAUCGAUUAGCAAUGACCUUUAUCGAUCACAUUAGCCCGUUUAUACCUGUGGUGAUCCGAACGGAGAUGGGUGAGGUGGGUCAGCUGGUCUUGUACGCGAUGGCUGGCGUAGCUGCAGCUAGACGGGAUUGUCCUAAGGAGAUUUUUGAUUGUUUGAGAUAUAUCAUCAAGCAAGAGAUACAUGAUCGAGAUGCAUUGAGCAAUCCGACCCGCGAGAAUGUUCAAAUCCUUCUUACUACCUGCCUCGUAGACGAAUUGGCGCUUGAUUGUGGAACGGCUGCUCCCCCUUCUGUGCAACGGACAAGAUUAUCGGCCGCUAUAUGCAUGGCUAGAGAUUUGAAUAUGGAUCAACCUGCCCGAGGAACGACCUUAGGAGAAUCAAAUGCUCGUAUAUGGCAGUGUGCAGUAAUUAUCGACCAGUGGAACGCAGCACGCUACGGCGUCCGACCACUCAUCCUUGACUUCUUAUCGUCAUCAUCAUCAGCAACAAUUUCAAGGGAUCUUACCGAUAAUAAGUUCUUUCAACAUCUUUAUAGCCUUUCAGCCAUCCUUCGUCGGAUAAUAGAUAAAGUCUAUGGAGUUGAAGGGUUGAAAAAUACAGAGGACGAAGAUUUGCUUCAGAUAGCGGAAGAAGUGUCGAGAUGGAAAAAAGAAUUACAUCGUGAUCUUCAUUUCACUGGUGAUUCGUCCAGCCUUCCGUCUGGGAUUCUCCAUAUAUUACACACUGCUAUUAUGAUCCUCCUCUACCGUCCUUUCAUGCGCUGGUCAUUCAUCGUCCCCCAAUCCCUCUCACUCGACCUAAACCUCGAAGUCUGGACACUCAUCUGCCCAGCUGCUCGUUCCAGCCUCGAAUGGGCCGCUAACCGGGAAGAUCCCUUUGAAUUCUUGUUCUUUGGACCUUAUGCCUUGGGUUUGUCAUGUUUGAUACAGUAUCAUUCAUAUGCGAGAAGGAGGGAAUGGGAUGGGGUAGUCGUGCUGGAAAGAUUGCUUAUGAAUGGGAUUGGGAAAUGGGCUCCGAGUUGGGCUCAUUUACCUCUCCAAGCGGCACAACUGUCCGUUGUACAGCUGUUAUACUCAUCCACCCAGAGGACCCUUCCUUCGUCCUUUCACCAUCCAAAUACUUCUGCGCGUGGACUCAAUCCAACACCAGGAAUAUUCAACAGACUCCCCGAAACAGCGGUGAACGGGAUUACUUUUUUGAGGGAUCCAAGUCAUCCAGAGGGCGGGGUGCUGGUCGCCACGCGGCAGGCUGCGAGGGAGAUCAAGGAUUUACCGCCUGGGACAGUUAUCAUCGGAGGGCCUCUGUCGCCGGAAGAGAUGGAUGGUGAUCCUGUUGUCAGUGGAAGAACACAGACACGACCGGUAGGUGGUAAUGAAGUCGAGAUGAGCCUCAGUAAUGGAGGAGGUGAGGUAGUUCCUGUAGAUGAUGGAAGAGGAAUGACAGGGAUGAUGCCCUUGACAAAUAUCCCUGGAUUGUCGGCCCUGCCGAAUUCAGAAUCAGCAACUGUUUUGGACUCCUUUGCGCGUCUGGCUGGGAGCCAAUUCGCUAACCAUUACAUGCCUGACCUGUCAGUAGAUGGCGCAAUCACUUCGGCCUCGACAGCGGAUUGGGAAGCCAUCGUAUCGUCAUUGACAUAUCCAGGCUUCUAGCUCAUAUGCCAACCGACAGUCAUUCAUAGCGCUAGUGCAUAUGGAGUUCGAUUGAGUUUGUAUGAUUCACAUUAAUUGUUCCAGUUGUAAUGGUAUCCAUCAUUCUGCAUGGGAUAUCACAAAGACUCAAGGAAAUCAAAUAUGGCCCUAUGCCAUUUGGAAAACGCCCAUCUAUCUGAUACCAGUAUCUCACUGUUGACUCCUCGACUUUGCAAAAGCGCAAAAGAGGCGUAGCUUUGCGAUAGAGGGCCAGCGUCGCAGUCAUCUGGGGCAGAUUUUAGCGUGGAUUACGUGCACACAUCUCGGAACUCACUUCGACCAUCGUGGAUAACUAAUUCUGGUAUGGCCCAUUCACGGGACGAACGCUCAGGAUCCCAGAGCGAACUGAUAAACAUAGAUUAAUUUCAGUCAUUGGCACGGGAGCAGGGAUGCCAAUAACUUACAAUGGUGACUCAUCAUCAUACGAGACUUCGCCAAAUUCCCACUCUACCUUCGCUGGGCAAGAUGUCUCUGCUGCCCACCACCUAGGAGACAGUACGCCAUCAUGAACCACUAAUCCCUUCCAUCUCACUGGCUCCCCAUUGGAAGCGACAAAGGCGGUGGAGUGGCCUUGUAUCCAAUGAAUAACAAAUCCGCCAUAGGCGCCAUAACCCAUUGCCGUGACGCUGGUAUUGUUCAGGUUAGGAAAUAGGUUGAAAGAAUGGAAAAGACCGCGGGAAAUGUCGUUUAUAGUUUGAUUACCCCAAUUAAACCGGCCCGACUGGGCAAAGUCUAGCAACCACCUUCGGAGCCUGUAGGGUUGAUAGUAACCACAGCAUAUCCCUCACUGGUCAAGGCUGCGAUAUUCAGUCCUGAAAUGGAAAGGAG